AUGUUUGCCCCGCCCACGGCUUUGCCUCCUCCUCCGCCAUUGACAUCAGGGACUCUACAGGUUCCUGGACACCCUGGAGGAAGCACUUACUCAGAACAAGACCUCCUGCGUCAGGAAUUGAACACGCGCUUUUUGGCCUCACAGAGUGCUGACCGCGGGGCAUCCCUUGGCCCUCCACCCUACCUGAGGACUGAGUUUCAUCAGCAUCAACACCAGCACCAACACACACACCAACACACGCACCAGCACACCUUCACGCCCUUCCCACACGCCAUCCCACCCACAGCCAUCAUGCCGACGCCAGCACCGCCCAUGGUGCGUACCCCAGGCAGAAAUUUUGACAAAUAUCCUACAAAAGUUGACCCCUUCUACCGUCACAGUCUGUUUCAUUCAUAUCCUCCUGCUGUCUCGGGCAUUCCCCCUAUGAUCCCGCCUACUGGUCCCUUUGGAUCCCUGCAAGGAGCAUUUCAGCCUAAGACGUCCAAUCCUAUCGAUGUUGCUGCUCGACCUGGGACAGUCCCCCACACUCUACUACAGAAAGACCCACGGUUGACAGAUCCGUUCAGGCCAAUGUUAAGGAAACCAGGGAAAUGGUGCGCCAUGCACGUUCACAUUGCUUGGCAGAUUUACCACCAUCAACAGAAAGUCAAGAAACAGAUGCAGUCAGACCCACAUAAACUGGACUUUGGAUUGAAACCUGAAUUCCUGAGCCGCCCACCAGGUCCCAGCCUCUUCGGCGCCAUCCACCAUCCCCAUGACCUGGCACGACCAUCCACUUUGUUCUCUGCUGCUGGUGCUGCACAUCCAGCCGGGACCCCUUUUGGGCCCCCACCCCAUCACAGCAACUUCCUCAACCCGGCUGCUCACUUAGAGCCUUUCAACAGGCCAACCACAUUCUCUGGGCUCGCAGCAGUGGGUGGCAAUGCCUUCGGGGGACUUGGAAACCCAUCAGUUACACCCAACUCAAUGUUCGGCCACAAGGAUGGCCCCAGUGUGCAGACCUUUAGCAACCCUCACGAACCCUGGAACCGGCUCCACCGAACGCCUCCAUCGUUCCCGACCCCUCCGCCCUGGCUGAAGCCGGGGGAGCUGGAGCGCAGCUCGUCCGCAGUAGCUCAUGACAGAGAUAGAGAUGUAGAUAAACGAGACUCAUCCAUUAGUAAAGAUGGCAAAGAAAGGGAGGGCAUCGAGAAGCGACACUCCAGCCAUCCUUCACCAGCACCUGUCCUCCCAGUGAACUCCCUGGGACACCCCCGCAGCUCCGCUGAGCAGAUAAGGAGUCAUUUGAACACCGAGGUUCGCGAGAAAGACAAACCCAAAGAGCGAGAGAGGGACCACUCCGAAUCCCGGAAAGACCCGAAUUCCGACGAGCACCCGGCCAAGGACAGCCACCUUCCCGAGAAGGAGCCCCACGGGCACGAGAGCAGAGCCGCGGCGGACGAGUCCAAGCAGAUGUCCAGGGUCCCGUCUCCGUACGCCCGCGCCCCCGUGGUGGACAGCGGCCGGCCCAACAGCACCUCCAGCCGAGAGGCCGACAGGAAGGGCGAGCCGGCCUACGAGAACCCGAAGAAGAGCGGCCCGGAGGUCAAGGUGAAGGAGGAGCGGAAGGAGGAGCACGAUGGGCCUCCGGAGGGGCCUCCGCCGCCGCGGGCCUCCGAGCCUCCGCCGCCGCCCAUCUCCACGACGGCCAGCGUGCACCCCGGCCCCCUGGCCUCCAUGCCCGUGAGCGUGGGCGUGAGCGGCCUCCACCCCAUGAACAGCAUCGGCGGCCUGGACAGGACUCGAAUGAUGACGCCCUUCAUGGGGAUCAGCCCCAUCCCGGGAGGAGAGCGCUUCCCCUACCCCUCCUUCCACUGGGACCCCCUCCGGGACCCGCUGAGGGACCCCUACCGAGAGCUGGACAUCCACCGGAGAGACCCCCUGGGCAGGGACUUCCUGCUGCGGAACGACCCCCUCCACCGGCUCUCGGCGCCGCGGCUCUACGACGCCGACCGCUCGUUCCGGGACCGGGAGCCGCACGACUACAACCACCACCACCACCACCACCACCACCCCCUCUCGGUGGACCCCCGGCGGGAGCACGACAGGGCCGGCCACCUGGACGAGCGCGAGCGCCUGCACAUGCUCCGCGAAGACUACGAGCACGCCCGCCUGCACUCCGUCCACCCCGGGCCCCUGGACGGCCACCUCCCCCACCCCGGCCUCCUCACGCCCGGCCUGCCCAGCAUGCACUACCCCCGGAUCAGCCCCACCGCCGGACACCAGAACGGACUCCUGAACAAGACGCCCCCCACGGCGGCCCUGAGCGCGCCGCCGCCGCUCAUCUCCACGCUGGGGGGCCGCCCGGUGUCCCCGCGCAGGACUACCCCUCUGUCCGCAGAGAUGAGGGAGCGGCCGCCCUCCCACACGCUCAAGGACAUCGAGGCCCGGUAAGGAGCGCCGCAGAGCGGGUCCGGCCCCGGACGGACCGAGGGACGGACCGAGAGACGGACGGGCGCGCCGACAACUCCGACAUCGCGAACACGGACUGUGGA